GACUCUAGUGCAGAAAAAUCUGUAAUUCCUUUAUCUUCUGAAUAUUUAUUCAGAAACCUUACUUCUAUUGCUUCAAAAUAUCUAUCAAGGUAAAAUAGAAUUUCAUUGCUUGUAUGUUUACCGAUACUAAUUAUAUUAACGAUAUUGUUUUUAAGUGACGUUAAUGAACUUGAAAUGGCAGAUAAAACCUUAUUGGUGUUAUUAUAUUUGGCUGAAAGAAAUGAAGAAAACACUAUUUCUUCAGAUAACCUUGAAUCCAAAUUAUCUAAAGAUGGAACAACUAUAGUGCACUUAUAUCAAGCUAUCACUACUUUUGCUUCAACUUCACCUAACGAAUAUUUACGUUUCAUUGCAUUCCAAUUACUUUCACGCUUAAUAACAUUAUGUAAAGAUGAUGCUAAAAUAUUCUUAUUGAAGGAAUUAUUAACAAGUUGUCCAUUUGAGACGAUGAAAAGUGCUGCUAUUGGAAUUGUAAAGGAUAACAUUGCUCAAGGAUUAAAUAAAGCAUAUAAAAGAAAAUCUGCCGAUAAGAGUUCUAUUUUUGCCAGCAGAGUUAUUGUCGAUACUUUUUUGCCACACAUACUUCGAUUUGAAUCAUCUUCAGUAUUAGUAAAUGAAAAAGAAUUUUCAGAAAAACAUGGUUUCAUUAUGCAAGGAUUGAACUUUUAUAUUUUUCUAUUAAUGAGAGAUGAAAAAAAUUUGGUUCGAAUUUAUUUUACUAUAUAAUAUAUUAUUAUAUUUUCUCUAAUUCCUAUCUACAUUCAUAUUAUUUUUAUUUAGACUGGAGUAUGGGAUGAUAAGCAAAUAAGUGAAACGAAUAAAGAAUAUAUAGUUCCAAUAAAAGAGAAAUGUGAUAAUUGGAUUAAUGAAUGUGGUAAAAAAA